UGGCGCUUUUGUUUGAACUAAGAUGGAGGAAUUUGACAAGCGGAUAUUUGAGGGUCUAACAACCCUGGGACUUAAUAAGCUACAAUUUGCUAUUAUCAAACUAAAAUCUUGUAAUGGGACGGAAAGUAUAUCAUUUUCAGAGGUCUCUUGUGGAUAUGAAGUGUUGAGGGACAAAACAAAACAACGGCCAUGUUUUUUUCCUUUUACAUUAAUCUUCAAUGACGGAGUUUCUUUCUUGGAAACUAUGGAGAAAGCAAGCAGUGAUGACAUAAAAAACAUGGAACCUCACAUGAAAGAAGCUUUUUUACGCCUUAAUGCAUUUUACAAAGCUAAAGAGUUUAACGAAACCUGUCUGAAAAAAGUCUUUGACAUGAAACUUAAUGGUGAAGAAAUGGCAGCUACAGAGACGGAUAUAAGCAUAACACUUGCAGAGCACUUGCUAGGAAAGCUAGCCCCUGGAGAGUCCUACAAAAUUGAUAAUAAAGCAAGGGGAAAGAAGAGCUGCAGGUGUGGAUGUAAAGUGACGCCUGUAUUUGAUGGAACAGGAAUAGGUCAUGAACAAGUUUGGCAUGGAUUUAUUGAUAUUGUCUUCUCCUCACAUCUGGGAAUUCCUGCCAUGGCAAAUACUGUGUUGGAUAUUGAAGAAAAUAGUUCCAAAAAAAGAAAAGUUGAUGGACAGGAUGAAACAAAGAAUGAUGACUCUCCAGAUGGGAAAACAAUAACAGAGGUCAAGCAAGCAUUACCAGAACAUACGCUGUCACAAGCAAUAGCACAAACAAUUGUGUUUUCCCUAGUUCAAAAGCAGAAACACCCUGAUUUUUUACACCACAUGAUUCCAAAUAUUGUUAUUUCCCCUGAAAAGCUUGAAAUUAUGAUGUAUGAUUCAGAUAAUGAUGUUUUACUUUGCAGCAAUCCAAUUCUUUUAUUCAAUUUAGACCUCCCAGAAAAUAGAACUCUCAUUGAUGAGACUGUUGUUAUUAUUUGGAUGGUUUUACACUACAGAAUAUUCUGUACUGGAUUAAAUAAGGCAAAGCCUUAUUUACUUGAAAGAUGUGAAUCAAAUUUUAGGCGACUUGUUGCAAGUAAAUGGGAUAUCUAUUCAAAAUCCUUAAAGUGCUGUGUUCCUGGUUUCCCUUCGGUAGAAAACUGGCCAAUAAGUGAAUUAAUUCAGUGUGGUUUAACACUUAAAUUUGAGUCAGAUGACUUUUAAAAUGCGAAUUUUUACAAAAUGAAGGUUUGUCAGACUUACUUGUGAUGCAUUGGGUGACAUUUUCAUUCAGAUUUCCAUCUUGGGAUAACAGUAGCUGAAAGCACUGUCAACCUUAUUUCAUUAGAUCUACUGAGCACUAAGGAGUUAUACAUGGAACACCCCCUCACCCCCAUCCCUUUAAUAAAAAAGCAGAAACAGAAUAAAGAUAUAGCAGAGUUUGAAUCUCUGAAUACUAAUUCAUACAUGUAUCACUAUGCUCAGUGAAUAAAUCUUCUCUAAGGUCUAUAUAUCUAUGGAUUGAUCGUAUAGUAAUCCAAACCCUUCAUAUGUAAAAAUUAAUCAUACAAAUGAAAUACAUGUGUAUGUGUGCAGGAAGGGGGAGUAUAGAUCAUGAUGAAUUGUAUACUUUUGUAAAAAAAAUUUGGAGCAUAUAUUCAUAAUCAGAAUAAUAGAAUGAAAUAUCAUAUUCCCCAAACAUAGUUUGAGAACAUUAUGCUUUUAUUUACUUGCUUCAAGGGCAACAUGCAUUUUAUUAGACCAAAGAACCAAAUUGUUGCCUAAGGCCAUUAAGGCAAAGGCAAACAGUUUGGUUCGAGGGUCAACAAACCAUUUUUCCCAAGAGGACAAUCAAUAAAUGUUUUGUUAUACAUUUUAUUAGGUCACCCGAGUAAACUCAGUUGACCUAUUACAAUCUUUUUUUGUCUGUCAUUGUCCAUAGUGCAUUAACAAUUAAAUAUUUUGAGCUUUUUCUCGGAGUGUGCAAUAAUCAUCAAAAUUAAUGCAAUCUUUAAAAAUCUUUUUUACUCCUGGAUAUUAAGCAGUCAGACUAGUAAGCAUUAAGCCCUCUUCCAAAAUUGUAAAAUUCAUGACCCCUGGGUCAGUGUUUCUAAUAUUAGGGUGGGCUUUCACUGAUUAUAUAGUAAAAAAUGCAUUAAUUCUUUGAGAAUCUUCUUCUCUGCAUUUGGGUAUUAAGCAAACAAACUAAAUGCAUAGUUAUAAUGAGCACAGGUGCCUCUUCCAGAAUUGUGAAUUUCAUGUCCCCUGGGUCAGGGGUUUUGGUGUUAGUAUGGGGCUCUAAUGGUUAAAAAGUAAAAAUGCAUUAAUGCUUUGAAAAUCUUCUCCUCUGCUCCUGGGUAUUAAGAUGAUGAAAUAAGUUCAUAGUUAUGAUGAGCAAGGAUGCUUCUUCCAAAAGUAUGAAUUUCUUGGUCCCUGGGUCAGGAGUUCUAGUGUUAGGGUGAGGCUCUUAUGAUUAUAUAGUUUGUUUGUUGUUUGUUUGUUGUUUAACGUCCCUCUCGAGAAUUUUUCACUCAUAUGGAGAUUGGUAAACAAAAUAAAUGCAAUAAUAUUAAUGUAAAUGUAUAAAUUUCAAUUUGUGUAAAUAUACAUUUUCUUUGCUCUCUGCUCCUUGGUUUUUAGGAGGUAAACAGAGUAUAUCAUUGUAAUAAGUGAAGCAAACUAGUUACUUUCCUUUGCGUAAUUGUGUUAAUAUAAUUGUGUUAAUAUAAUUGUGUUAAUAAAGUCCCUGUAUAAAUAUAAUAUUGUAAAAAUAUUCCAAAGUUGGAAGGGGAAAAAUACCAGACAUUAUUUAGAGAUAAAGUCUAAUUUUUGAGCUGAAAAAAGUGAAAAAAUUGAUUGAACUUGGUCCCCAAAAAGAAAAUCAAACAUGCUAACCACAAUCGCAUUUCAGUGCAUAUAUGCAUGCAUGCACAUGAUUGAGAAUGUUCCCAUAUUCAUCAUCUUAUAAUAUAGAACUACUAAUAUAUUUUAGAUUUCAAAGAAUUUCACUGAAAAGGUAGAAAGUUACAGCAAUAUGACAGCAUCUGUUCAUAAAGAUUGUUCAAUAUCUGAAAGAACAUUUUUGGAUAUUUGUCACUUUUUAUCUGUUUUCAUGACAAUAGUGGUCAUUUUGAAAAAUCAAAAUUAUUGCACUUCUGGAUUUCUGACAUGUUUUAUUAAACUGUCCAAGUCGUCUAAAAAUGCUUUGACAAUAUACAUGUAGGUCUAGCAAUGUGUUUUAUUGACUUAUGUUCAGGACAACAAAAUACUGGUAAUGAGAAAUAGGAAAGUGAGAACGCUUUGUUAUACUUUUAAAAUUGCUUCCUAUUUAAAUCAAUGCUUAAAAGUUUAACAUUUCCGAUGUUUUUCCGUAGUGGUGCAUUGAAAAUUGAUGUUUGAUCAUAAAGAGAUAUAUUGAACCUAUCGAGAAUCCGAACGUCACACUCCUGUAGGCUUAUUUGCAUUUGUUGACUUUUUAGAUAGACUUGAAUGGGUUUAACCACAGUGCGGGUAAAGGAAAUUUACAUCAUAGAAGCCAGCACUUAAUUAAACAUUAAGAAUUAAACAAGGGACCCAAGAGCCUUAAUGAUCACCUGAGUAUAAUACAGUAUAAUUUGUCCAAUCCAGAUUCUGAGUACUUUAAGUUUUAGUCCCAUGCUUUUCUUUAAUAAGUAUUUUACAAAAAAUUCUGUGUAGUUCAGAUACAGUCUGUUCUGUAUUCCGAACGGCCAUAAUGGUCCUAACUGCUCUUAUUAACGGUGAUUAUUUCCUCUAAUCUGGCCACCAAAUAUUAUCUGAGUUGCUUCAAUGCAAUUAACACCUUUCAUGGUAUAUGUGCUAAGGUGUGUUUUCAUAAGUGACAUGAUAUACUGAAAUAAGGCGGAGACACAGCCUACUUGAAUAAAUAUAAAGUUUAGUUACAAGUAAAUAAAUUAAAAAAAUGUGUGCUCAUGUAAUUUGAUUUAAAUGCCAUAUCUCACAAUAGAACGUAAAAUUGGCACACUCUUUACAUACUAAUAGUGAUAUGAAUCAGAAAUCAGAAUCAAAACUCAAACUUCUGAUUUCAAAAUGUCACUCUAACACUGAAGGGAAGAUGUAAAUGUAUGCAUAAAAAUGUAAAUAUUUAUUUAAUAAUUAUUAAAUAAUAAAAACCUGGUUCUGGUUAUGUUGAAUGCAUUUGUACUUUUGACUUGCAAAACCCUUGCUCAAAUGUUAGACUUUAUCUUUAAAUAAUAUCUGGUAUUUUUUCCUUCCAAUUUCGGGAUAUUUUAACAAUUGUUUUAAGUAUGAAGGCGUUACACAGCGUUACAAAUGUUUUGUUAUGUGUGAGAAGUCAACUUCUCUGAUUCCGGAAAAAGGAACAGAAUUCCUUAUUGUUGCCAUGGCAAAAAGGUUUCUACUUUAUUUACUUAUCUUCUUCAUCAGUGCAAACUUAGUAAUAUGGAGUAUCCAUUUAUUUUAAUUUUUAAAGAACAAAAAGACUUAAUAUCACUUGCCAGAAUCAAUGAAAUUUAUAUUUGUUAUUUGUUAAAGAUUGACAAUGUGACUUAAUAUCACUUGCCAGAAUCAAUGAAAUUUAUAUUUGUUAUUUGUUAAAGAUUGACAUUGUUUUACAGUAAUGUCAAUAUAUAGUUAAUGAACUAGAGAAAUGAACUCCUCAAAUGAUGGUUAAUUACCAUAUCAUGGUUAAAUAAGGUUAAUCAGGGCAUGCUUUAAAUUUAAUGCCAUGAAUAUGCUUCCUAACUUUUGAUAUAAAUGAAGUCAGAAAAAGUAAAGCACCAAAAGGCAAUUUGUCUUUAGUAACUCAUUUACUAAAUGUUGACCUUAAAAUGGCAAGCCUCCAUAUUCAGAAUAUUGGUAAUAGAAUAAACAUAUAUGUGUGUAAGGGAGGGUGUAUGUGUUUAUAAUAAUGAUUUUUUCAUUUUGCUCAAUAUUUAAAUAUUUAUGUUUUAAUUAAGCUUUUAUUGUGCAUUCAAAGUAUCUCAAUAGAUAUAAUUUAAAUAAUGAAAUAACUCUUAAUAAUCUCCUUUAUUGAAACAUAGUUAUAUUUCUACAUGUGUACAUGACAAUUGCUUUACAAUGUAGGGUAUUUGUGUGAUAGUUUACUUGAUGUGUUGAAAUUAAUCAAAUGCUAUGCUGUAUAUAUAUAUGUAUAAAUCAUAUUAUAAAUAAAGAGAAUGUGACAAA